AUGCAUAAUUCAAGAGGAAAUACCAUUGACGCUUCGAAAAUUGACACACAGGACAUCUAUUCAGCAAAAUACUUAGUCACUGAUAUCCCCGCAAGCAAUCUUACCCAUAUAAUAUACGCCUUUGCAAACAUAAGUUCAACGACUGGCGAGGUUACUUUAAGCGACAAGUAUGCGGAUUUGCAAUUUCUCUAUCCUGGAGAUGACGCUUCAGCCACCGGAACAAACGUCUUUGGGAACAUCAAACAGCUGUUUCUCCUGAAAAAGAAACAGAGAAAUUUGAAGACAAUGAUUUCUAUCGGAGGUGGCACAUUCUCAUCUAAUAUGGUUCCCGUUUUAGCUUCAGAGUCUUUGCGAGAAACAUUUGCCAAGUCAGCUGUUGAUCUCGUAUCGAAUUUGGGUUUCGACGGCAUAGAUAUCGACUACGAAUCUAUAAGUAGUUCGGCCCAAGCGGAGCAAUUUGUCGAUCUCCUGAAUAAAACCCGUGCAACUUUAGAUGCCUUCGCGGCAAAUAUAAGUGCACCUCCAUUCUCUCUUUCCUUUGCCGCGCCAAUGGGAUCGUCGUAUUAUGAUUUACUUGAUUUCCGUGGAAUGGAUAAAUUUCUUGACUUUUGGAAUUUGAUGGGUUACGCUUAUACCGGAUCUUGGAAUACCGAUUCUGGUCACCAAGCUAGCCUAUACAACUCUUCCACGAACCCAAUGUCUACUCCAGUCGAUUCGAACACAGGAAUCAAUUAUUAUAUAUCUCAAGGAGUAACACCAAGCAAAUUAGUCCUAGGUUGUCCUUUGUAUGGAGCCUCUUUCAACAAUACGUCUGGACCCGGAAAACCUUUUGAAGGUCUCGGCAGUCUGGGUUCUUUCGGACAAGCAGGAAUUUGGAAUUAUAACUCUCUUCCUAUUCAGGGUUUCAAUGCCACGACCGUCGAACUUCCAGAGAUCGGUGCCAGUUAUAGCUAUGACGCGAAGAGAAGAUAUAUGAUCAGUUAUGACACGCCUAAGAUCGCAGCUAUCAAAGCAGAAUAUGCCAAGAACAUGGGCUUGGGCGGUAUGAUGUGGUGGGAGGUUAGUAUGGACAAAACUGGUAUUUCCAGCUUGAUCAGUGCGGUCGUGGAGAAAUAUGGUGGAGAGGGUGCCUUGGAUCAAAGCUUGAAUAACUUGAACUAUCCGACAAGCAUAUACGACAACUUAAGAGCUGGGGCUUCUGAAGAUGUGAGCAAUACUUAG